AUGGAAGCCGUUAGGCCCGUUACUUAUAUUAGUGUUCCUGUUGGCACUUGGCAUCUAUCUACUAUUGCAAUGGAGUUGAAAUUUACUGAAAUCUGCAGAAGUCUUUUGGCUGGGAAUAAAAGAGAACAUUGGAGGCAUGUAUUAACAAGGAUAAUCGCUAUUGUUAAAAGACUCGCCAAAAAUACCUUGCCAUUUCGAGGAGAUAAUGAGAGGCUAAAUGUUGAGAAUAAUGGCCUAUUUUUACAAAUGGUGGAAAUGAUUAAUGAGUUUGAUCCAGUAAUGAAAGAGCACCUUCGGCGGGCUAAUGCAAGAGAGAUUCAAUACACGUAUCUUGGCAAAAAAAUCCAAAAUGAGUUGAUACAGUUGUUGGCUAAUGAGGUGAGAAAUGCAAUUGUCAAGAAAGUUAAACAUGCAAAAUAUUUCGCGAUUAUACUUGAUUGUACUUCAGAUGCAAGUCGUGAGGAGCAGAUGUCUUUGAUAGUACGAUUUGUAGAUGAUUCAACAAACUUACCUACAGUUGAGGAACAUUGGCUUGAAUUUUUGAAGGUAGAUGACACAACAGGACUUGGACUUGCAACCGAGCUUCAAAAGGCUUUGAUCAAACUUGAUCUGGAUAUUGAUGACAUUAGAGGGCAAGGGUAUGAUAAUGGAUCUAACAUGAGUGGGAAGCACAAAGGUGUACAAAAAAGAGUACAUGAAAUGAAUCCCCGAGCUUUUUAUACUCCAUAUAGUGCUCAUAGUCUAAAUCUAGCAUUAUGUGAUAUGGUGAAUUGUUGUUCCAAAGCUGUAUCCUUCUUCGGAGUGAUACAACGCAUCUACACUUUAUUUUCCUCUUCUACCAAGCGAUGGAAAAUUUUUAAAGAUAAUGUAAAAGGGUUGACAGUUAAGCCAUUGUCACAAACACGUUGGGAAAGUCAUGUUGAGAGUGUGAAGCCUAUAAUGGAGCAAACCGCACAGAUAAGAGAAGCCUUACUUGAUUUGGCAGAAUCUAACGAAGAUCCUAAAGUGAAAAGUGAAGUCGAGUCGUUAGCAACACAUGAACUUCAGAAUUUUGAGUUCUUGCUUGGCAUUGUAAUCUGGUACAGGUUGUUGCAUGCAGUCAAUAUUGUGAGUAAAUUUCUUCAAACCGAAUCCAUGGAUAUUGAUCAUGCUUUCGAUCUAUUGCAAGGACUUGUUUUAUUUUUUGAAGAUUAUAGAGAAAUCAGAUUUGCCGUUACUAUGGAUGAAGCAACAAAAAAGUCAACGGUCUCCAUCUCAACUCGUGAAUAUAAGAUUCUGCAACUUUUGCCAUCCACUUCAAUUCUCAUUGACAAGUUGAAGACUGGCGUAUUGUUGCGUGCAGAUCCUACAGAUUCCACCGAGAGAAUAGCACCCCUUCUCCCAGCUCCUACCUAA